CAUAGCUUGAAUUGUGAAGGCGGUGUCAUUGAACUUAUUCAAGAAAUUAAAAAUGGAUUUAAUUGCGUUUAUAUUUUCCAAUGUUCUAUGUGUGGGAAGGAAUACCGAAAGAGUAACGAAAAAAUUGAAACUCUUAAUCAAUCAUUUGUUUGGGGAGCAGUCACGGCAGGUAGUUAUUACACUCAGGCAGCGCAUAUUACAAAUAUUAUGGAUAUACCCACUAUGUCCGCAAAUAUAUUUCGAAAUACCGAAAAGUUAUUAGGGUCUAUAUGGGAGGACCAACUCACUGACGAAAUAAACAAAGUUGGACAGCAAGAAAAAGCUAUAGCUCUUGAAAAAGGAAAUAUUAACCAAGAAGGCAUUCCAUUCAUUGAAGUUUAUGUUGACGGAGGAUGGGCUAAAAGGUCUUAUGGUCAUGACUACAGCUCUUCAUCAGGAAUGGCGUGCAUAAUUGGAAAAGAAACCAAAAAAUGCCUUUUCGUUGGCAUCAAAAAUAAAUAUUGUUACCAUUGCCACAUGUAUCAAAAAGACAACAAAGAUGUGCCAUCACAUUUUUGCUUCAAAAAUUACCAAGGUCCUUCUACUGGUAUGGAAGCAGCUAUACUAGUAGAAGGAUUUCAAAAAUCGGAAGAAAUGCAUGGGCUACAAUAUUUAUCCUUUGUUGGCGAUGGCGAUUCUUCGGUAUUUGCCCAACUAAAAGAAAAGGUGUCCUACGGUCGUUACAUCAAAAAAAUUGAAUGUAAAAACCACGUCAUCAAAAAUUACACCAGCGCUUUAUACAAGAUCCUUGCAAAUAAAAAGUUACCUCUAUAUGGGCGGAGGCUACUAAAGGCCAAAAUACAAAAACUGACUGUGGUCACAAAAAAAAUAAUCAUGCAAAAUCACAGUAAUCGCACACAUAUGAGAGAAGAUUUAAAAAAUGGCCCUUCUCACGUUUUCGGACAUCAUGACAACUGCAAACAUUAUUAUUGCAAAUUCACGAAUCCAGAAGUCAAAGAUGUUGAUAAUAACUUGGACGACAUGAAACAGAAGGCGCCAACCGUUUGGGCUCUUAUAUGUGCUGCCAAUGAAAUGGUCAUUACAAAAACCCACCGACUGUCCAACGAGACAACAAAUUGCGCAGAGAAUUUUAUGAGCAUUGUCAGCAAAUUUAAUUGUGGCAAGCGUCUCAAUCUCCACAAAGGUGGUUCGUACCAGCGAAGAGUUUACCUUGCAGGACUCACACAAAUCACUGGACAGCGCUGGCAUCAAAGGGCAUGGCACAGAUAUUUGUCAAGAUCACCUGGCCUAACGUUUAAAAAGUACAUAGAGAGAAAGGAAAAAAGCAAAGCCCGGCAGCAAAAUCGUGUAAGAAGGCGACUUUAUACUGUUCAUACCAAACCUGCCCAACCUGACAAAAAUUAUGGCCCAGACGCCCAAGAUGUCGUAGAAACAAUUGAACCUGAAGAGUUAAAAAAAAAUUGCUUGGAGAAAUUAUCUGAGUUCCAGAAAACUAUCCAAGAAAUUAAACAAAUUGCUGAGGAAACAAUUGGUCAACACGAAAAUGAUCUUUAUAAUUUGCAUCGAUGUGACAGAUUGACGGCUAGUAAUUUUGGAAUGAUAUGUAAACGUAGAAAUACCACUCCUUGCCAUAAUCAUGUCAAGCAGAUAUUGUACAAAAACAAUAUCAUGACAAAUGACAUGACAUAUGGGCAAAGAAAUGAGUCUAUGGCAAGAACGUUUUUUAUUGAAAACUACAAAAAAAGUGUACGACCAUCCGGUCUGUACAUUGAUGAGGAAUUUGGGUUUUUAGGAGCCAGUCCCGAUGGUAUUGUGGAAAAUGAAAGAGCAAUUUUAGAAAUAAAAUGCUUCCCCUCAUUGGCUAGGAACAACAAAACUAUAGAAAUGGCAGCGAAAGAAAAAAAAUUAUUCCCCCUAAAGAUAACGAAUGGGAUGUUGGAGAUGAAUAAAACUCACAAUUAUUACUAUCAGGUUCAAGGGCAGCUGCGAGUCACGAAAAUGGAGAAAUGCUAUUUCAUUGGCUUUGUAUCACCUGUACAACCAAUAACAGUUUUGGAAGUAACCAGAGAUGAGCAGUUCAUUUCCGAUAUGCUCCCGAAACUAAUUACAUUUUACAAAAAUUCAGUCUUGCCUGAAAUAAUAUUACGGAGGAUAAGCAAGGGAGCCCGGUGUAUUGAGUGCACCCUAUAA